AUGACAAAUAGGGCAAUUGCACACAUUAGACAGACUGGGCCUAGGAAACAUAAUCCUAUCCCAAUUAGGAAACCUAAUCCUAUACAAAUUUGCUUCAGUGAGGGUCAAAACACUGGGACAGGUGAAAGAGUCGCCAUUAAAAAGAUUAGCAAUGCAUUUGGUAGCAUAUUUGAUGCAAAGAAGACACUAUAUGAAAUCAGAUAUCUACUUCAGAUGGAUCAUCAGGAUUUUAUCCCAAUUAAAGACAUAAUUCGACCACCACAGAGAGAGAACUUCGAAGACGUCUACUAUGUUUAUGGUCUCAUGGAUACCAAUCUUAGCCAGUUAAUUCGGUCCAACCAACGAUUGACAGAUAACCAUUGCCAGUGUUACCUUUACCAAAUUCUACGAGGACUUAAAUAUCUCCAUUCUGCAAACAUUUUAUGUCGUGCUCUUAAACCGCAUAUGGUGUGCCUCAAUUCGGAUCAUGAACUGAAAAUCAUAUGUGAAACUUAUCCCAAGCCGAAUGUUGCUACUCAUUGGUAUCAAGCUCCAGAAAUGCUCCUAAAUUGUUCAGGACACACUCCUGCAGUUGAUAUCUGGUCUCUUGGUUGCUUACUCGGCGAGAUCAUGAAUAGAGAACCUUUAUUUCCCGGAACAGAUAUUGAUCACCAGUUUAUACUCAUCACACAGCUAAUUGGCUCUCCAGAUGAUGCCAGUCUUGGUUUUCUUAGUAAUGACCACCGACGCUAUCUUAGGCAGCUCCCACAGUACCAAAAGCAACGAUUUUCUGCUAGAUUCCCGAAUACUGCUGCUGCUGGAGCUCUGGAUUUGUUAGAGAGGAUGCUUGUGUUUGACCCAAGCAGGCGCAUUACAGUCAAUGAGGCUCUCUGUCAUCCGUACUUAGCACCGUAUCGUGAUAUCAACAAUGAACCUGUUUGCCCUAAUCCGCUUUUCUUUGACUAUGAGCAUCCAACAGUUACUCAAGAGAGCAUCAAGGAUUUCAUUUGGAGGAUGUCUGAAACAUUCAAUCCCAACUUAGGUGGAGAUAUGCCGCCAUGAAGAUAACUCUUUUUAGGUCAUAUUGUUACCACCAGUUACUGAAUUGUCAUCUGUAAUUUUCUCAGAGAGAAAAAAUUCAAGAUUUCUCGUUGCUA